GAUGAUCAUAGAAAAUAGAAUCAAAUGUAAAGAAGAAAUGGCCACAUUCUGUUCAAACAAAUAUAUCUUAAUCUGCAUACUCCAGUUCUCCACUUAGUUUGCGUUCACUGGAUUUACUCUCUGUUUACACUUUCUGCGUACGAUGUGGAAAAUUUCCAAUAAAAUCAGCUGAUUUAGCCAGAGCGUCGAGCGACCUUCUUAUUCCUAACCGGAAAGAUAAAUAUACCAGCGGCAAUGACAGACCUGGUCAGGACGGAUUUAGCCGAGUAUGCCCCUGCCUCCAAUCUUUUGUUCAACGAACAUAUACGGGACUUGAUUCAGUCUGGGAGAAAGAUUUACCAUUUUGCGUUUGGACAGUCGCCUUUUCCAGUCGUGGAAUCGGCCGUGCAGGCAUUGAAGGACCAUGCUGGGGAAAAUGCCUAUCUCCCCGUAGCAGGGCUGAAGCAGCUGCGACAAGCAAUAUGCGAUUUUCACCAGAAAUAUGAUGGAUUUGAUGACCUUGACCCUGAGGAGAUCGUGGUGGGACCCGGGAGUAAGGAGCUGAUCUACCUGGUUAUGCACGUCUUCAAUGGAGACGUUUUAGUGAUAUCUCCGUCUUGGACAACUUACAAACCACAGGCCCGCCUAGCUCACCACGAACCGUUCGUGAUAGAGACGGGUCUAGAGGACGCCUGGAAAAUCUCGCCAAAGAUAAUUGACGAUUUUGUGAACAAGAACCAACUGAAAAAGAACCGACUUCUGAUUCUAAAUAACCCCGACAAUCCAACCGGAACAUGUUAUACUGCGACAGAACUACAGGAGCUAAGCAAUACGUUUAGGAAACAUAAUAUCAUUGUGCUGUCGGACGAAAUCUACUCCAGAAUUCGAUACGACCAAAAGCACGUGUCCCUAGCUAAGUUUUACCCAGAAGGAACCAUUAUAAGUACCGGGCUGUCUAAAUGGGCCAGUGCUGGGGGAUGGAGGCUGGGAUACAACAUGUACCCCAAGCAGUUAUCGGACCUAAGACGAGCCGUAAGGAGUGCUGCUAGCCACACCUACACCUCUGCCCCCUCACCUGUACAAUAUGCUGCCACGGAGAUGUUCCAGAAUUUAGACCUGUGUGACAGUUACAUCAAACACUGCUCAAGGAUUCUGGACGCCGUUGGAUCUUAUUGUUACUGGGAGUUGACCUCUGUGGGGGUCAAGGCCGUUAAGCCAACUGCUGGAUACUACAUAUUCCCUGACUUUGAGGUAAUCAAGGAGAACCUCAAGAGGCGAGGAAUCAAGACUUGUGAGGAGAUGUGCAAAGCGAUACUAGACGAGUGCGGAGUCGCCGUGAUGGCUGGUGGUCCAGCUUUUCUGCGACCAGUGGAUGAACUAACCACCAGGCUUUGUUAUGUUCCUUUUGAUGGUGGAAAUGCUUUGAGCUACAGCAGAAGUUUAGGAAUGGACAAAGAUUUGCCAGAAAAUUUUGUCAAGGACUAUUGUACACCUGUGUAUGACGGUAUCCAGGCACUUAAGAAAUGGGUAUUAGACCAGAAAUCGCACUAAAGAAAGAAGUGGACAGACUGCAGGCUUUGAUCCUCCUGAGACUGAAAGAUCAAGACAAUCAGCUGUGCUUUCCAAAGUCUAAAUUAUCUAGACGUUGACAUUGACUGAGGGAUUUUUUCUUCCGAACAAAUUUCAUAGACUAGUAAUAAACAUAAUCACUGAUGGAUAUAUCAUUAAAUGUUAUUUUCUCUACAACAGAGCCAAGAAUAAAUCAGAAUAAAACGGU